UUCGAAUCGACGGUUUACGGUGAAGAUCAAUCUCCAAAUCCUUUUACAUUCCCGCGAACGUUCACGACCCAUUACGGCUCGGCCUCACACGACUCACACUACCCUUGCACCUGCAGAUCCCCAAACCACGAAUCUCCUCACGUUGCGAGUCGACUAAGACGAACCUUCCGCUGCAAACCAGUACGACGUAUCCAGCACGACAAAGGCGAGAGUUUCGAAUUGUCUCACAGGAAGAGCAGCGGUGCUGCCGCCGUAUUCUACCUCGACGGCAGCUUCGUAAAGCUUUAAUUAAGCGGCAAUCAUGAAAGCCUCACCCAUAAUCGUUAACUGGCAUGCCGAGAAUGCUCCUAUAUACUCCGCAGAUUUCCAGCCCCAUGGGAAAGGUCGAUUGGCUACGGGAGGAGGAGAUAACAAUGUCAGGUUAUGGAGAUUAGAUUCGGAUGGUGAGGAUAGGAAGGUCGAGUACCUCUGUACAAUGAUCAGGCAUACGCAAGCAGUGAAUGUCGUGAGAUGGGCUCCUAGAGGAGAUGUAUUGGCAUCCGCCGGAGAUGAUGGAAACGUGAUCACUUGGGUUCUCGACACGAAGACUGCAAAACCUACAUUUGGGGAGGAUGGAAUCGAGGACAAGGAAGCUUGGCGGACGAAGCAUAUGUGCCGGUCCUCUGGCGCUGAAAUCUAUGACCUUGCGUGGUCUCCGGAUGGUAUCUACUUCAUCACGGGCAGCAUGGACAAUGUGGCUAGAAUCUACAAUGCUCAGACUGGCCAAUUAAUACGCCAAAUCGCCGAGCAUCAGCAUUAUGUUCAAGGUGUGGCCUGGGAUCCCCUCAACGAAUACAUUGCAACUCAAUCCUCUGAUCGAUCCGUACACAUCUACACGCUGAAGACGAAGGAGGGUACAUUUACGUUAGAUAACCGGGAUGACGAUCCAAGGAAGAUUGGAACAAAUUUGAAGAUGGACUUGCCGGGUCGACGAAUCUCCUCGAACAGCCCAGCUCCUCCAGACAUGGGCCUACGAUCACAAGCUUCCAACGAAUCUACCAGCAACGCCAUCGGGUCUCCUGUGCCAUCCUGUCCGGGCACGCCGACGUCUCUUGCUCUGCCUAUGAACCCACCAAGCACCAUAAGCCACAGCAGACGAUCUUCUUUUGGUGCUGCGUCCCCAGCAAUGUCAAUGCGGAGAUCGGCUUCCCCUGCGCCAUCAUUGCCUCUCCCUGCAGUUAUGCCAAUGGAGCCAUCGCCAAAGCCGUAUACUAUUGGGCUGGGAGUCAAGAAUGCCAACAUUUACGCAAAUGAUACCCUGAAGUCCUUCUUCCGACGAUUGACCUUCACCCCUGAUGGCAGCCUCCUUUUUACACCCGCCGGACAAUACCAAACUCAAUACAAAGGGCCGGAUGAAACUGCGAAGGCAUUAUACGAAGUUAUCAAUACGGUUUACAUAUACACGAGAGGAGGAAUCAAUAAGCCGCCAAUAGCACAUCUCCCAGGACACAAGAAGCCUUCCGUGGUAGUCAAGUGCUCUCCGAUCUACUAUACGACCCGUAAGGCACCCGUAACGACGAAGAAUAUUGCAAUCGAUACGUCUUCAGCCGAGGAUACUAUGGCAGAGCUUCCUGAGCCGGUGGUACCGAAAUCUCCUGCACACUCGAUCAUGGAACCUCCGCCACUUAUGCCACAAACAACCGAUCCCUCAGGGCCAACAUCGUCUCCCAAGCCGAAAUUGUUAGAGGUGGAGACAACAAACGCCAGCUCGCAGGGCCCAACAAUGGCCUUCUCGCUACCGUAUCGAAUGAUUUAUGCUGUUGCCACGGAGGACUCUGUUCUGAUGUACGAUACACAGCAGCAGACUCCGCUAUGCGUCGUUAGCAAUCUUCAUUGUGCGACCUUCACAGAUUUGACUUGGUCCACUGAUGGCUUGACUCUUCUCAUGACAUCUUCUGAUGGGUUCUGCUCGACAUUGACCUUUUCUCCGGGUGAGCUUGGCCAAAUUUACACUGGCGAAGUGCCCACCGCGAAGCACCCGGUGAUUGGUACCAGCACGGCAGUCUCAUCAUCACAAAAUACACCAAUGGCCACGCCAACCUCCAUCGCACCCCCUUCCCCUUUCCCGGCAUCAAAUCACCAUCAUAGGUCAUCCUCGUCAUACUCCAUCGCUCCCUCUCCACCGCCGGCUCCUCUGGGGCCGACCGCCCGACCCUCCUCCCCCACACGGUCAAACUCGACCUCCUCAAUCGCCACGCAGUCCUCCUAUGCUCCAGGCGCAGCAGGGUCCGUCAUUAGCAACCCUCCCCUAGUUGCAGGCAGUCUUGGCAGCAUCGCUGCUGCCGGAGGAAAUGUCAGCUUCAUGACCGGCAUGCCGAUGACGACACCUCCUCAGACACCUCGAAGCACGACAAGUUCUGUCAGUGGGGUGAAGAGAGAUGCGAGUGAAAGUGAGUCUGGCGAGAAGGAGGAUGCCUCGCAAGGUGGAGAGAAGAAGAGAAGACGAAUUGCACCUACACUUAUUGGGGCAGAAAAUUCGGCGGCUUAGACUCGGACAAUCUUUUCAUUUGUUUUAUCUGUAUGGUUUAUUGACCGGUGUUUGGAGGGUAAAACGGCUGGGAGGGUGGAUUUGCAUUAGCGAUUUGGUGUUUGGGCACAGAAUGAACGUAGGUUUGCUGCUUUUCAGAGGAGCGAGAAUCCCGGGGCUGGGUUCUGGAUACUGAGAACGGGAGAAGGGGCGGAGAAAUAGGGGCAGUGCACGUGCCGCACUCUGUAUGUAUAUGAAGUGAUUCGUUGGUGGUCGUUUAACUGGAAUGGAAUUAUGUGGUAUCACUUCAAUUUAUUUGACUCGGCCUUGUACGCAUUGAUCUUGCGAACCGCGAG